CUCCCACACGAGCUCUCUCUCUCUCUCUCAUGGUCUCUGUAUCGUAUCAUUGUUUUCGAAUUUUGGAACCUCUCCCCUCAAUUCCCAAUGGUGCAAGAUUUAUCAGAGCUUCGAACCCUAAAUUCUGAUUCGAAACCCUAAUUUAUCAAUCUCUUCCAAUUCAGCAGUUCACAAUGGACGACGAUUCGAUCUCGGACCACAAGCUCUGCGGUUUCUUAUGUGCUGUUCUUUCAGUCAAUCCCCCUCCGACCACCGAUCUCCGCAAAACCCUAGGCUUCAAUACUCGUUGUCACAUCUUUGGCGACGGAUCGGAGGUCGGUUUCAAGUCCGAGAAUGGCGUCGUCUUGUCCUCGAUCAAUCCGAACGCUAGAGCUCUGGUCAGUGUAGGUGAAUCGACUCCAGAAUUGGGGAAAAGCAACAGCAGCGCAGAGGGAGGGAGUGGUGUACAGAGAGAGAGUGUGUCGUCCAGGAAGAAAUGGAGGAGAAUUGGGAUGGUGAACGGUAGUGUGAGUGUGAUUCAUCAGCUUCAUGCAUUGGUGAUGAACAAGUGCUUGGAUGUAAUUGCGAGGGUGGUUAGGGUUGUGGUUGGUGAUUGUGGGGAAGUGAGGGCUGUGGUGCUGGUGGAUGUGUACUUGCCGAUCGCGUUAUUUUCUGGUUGGCAGUUUCCGAAAUUCAGGUCGACGGCGGCGGUUCUGUUUCGGCAUUUGAGUUGUGACUGGGGAGAGAGAAGUCUAAUGAUUGUGGAUGAUGAGAAGUGUUUCAAACCUCAUCAUGGAGAGAGUGAAAAUAUUUGGAAUCUUUCUGAUUGUCAUGUUCUUGGAUGUAAACUGCAUUGCAGUGUUCCUGACACUACUAAGAAAAAGCUUUUUGAACUUCAUGAAAUUUUUAAGAAUUUACCUAGUGUGACAAAGAAGGGAAAUCUUAAUUCUUCGAAAGUAAACCCUGUAGAUGCCUCUUGUAGAUCCGGUAUUUGGGAGCUGUCAGAUGAUGUUUUGAUUAAUAUUCUAAAUGUACUAGGACCUAUUGACCUUGUCAGAGUUUCUGCAACCUGUCACCAUCUAAGAUCCUUGGCAGUAUCAAUCAUGCCAUGCAUGAAACUCAAACUUUUUCCUCAUCAGCAGGCAGCAGUUGAGUGGAUGUUGCGGCGAGAAAGGGAUUCUGAAGUCUUGCCACAUCCUUUGUACAUGGAUUUCUUAACUGAAGAUGGGUUUCCUUUUUAUAUAAAUACUGUUUCUGGCGAAGUACUCACAGGGACAAUUCCCAUAAUUAGAGAUUUUCGCGGGGGAAUGUUUUGUGACGAACCUGGCUUGGGUAAAACUAUAACUGCCCUUUCCCUUAUUCUGAAGACACAAGGAACACUAGCAGAUCCCCCAGACGGAGUGCAAGUGAUCUGGUGUAUGCAUAAUGCUGAUCAGAGAUGUGGCUAUUAUGAACUUAGCGGUAAUAAUGCCACCAGUAAUAGCAUGUUAUCGGGCAAGAGGGUUGUGGGUCAGAAGGCGAGGAGGGGGCAGUUAUCUUUAGAUAAACUUACUCCUAGGGAGAACUUAAAUUGCACACGGUUAAGUGCCAGGCAUAUGGAUUGUGUUGAGCAAUUUAAAGGACUUACUGAUUCAUGUUCUAUAAACGGAAUUAAAACACCGACAGCUGCACGCUCGAUGCCAGCAACACGUGUAGUUCGAUGUACCAGAAGCCUGAGUCAUGUUAAGAAAAAUCUUCUUCAGACAUAUGAAGGAGCAUCUGGAUUUUCCAAGGAAAGGAAGGUUAGGAAAAAUUCCAGUAAAAGAAAGCAUGAUUCAAUUGGCUCAAGACAUGACUCUCUGGACAAGCGAGUUGAUAUGUCAUGUGGAUCAGUUUACGGUAGCAAGAGGCCUAGAAAUGCUACUGCAGAUCAUUCUAUAUACAAUGAAACUUGGGUACAGUGUGAUGCCUGUCGCAAGUGGCGGAAGCUUACAGACAAAAGUAUAGCAGAUACUACCAUAGCAUGGUUUUGCAGUAUGAACAGUGACCCGUUACAUCAGAGUUGUGGUGUUCCAGAAGAAUCUUGGGAUUAUCGCCAGCCCAUCACAUAUUUACCAGGAUUUCACACCAAGAGAACUUCUGGAGGAAAGAAAGAAAAUGUAUCGUUUUUCACUACCGUCCUUAAGGAGCACUAUGCAUUGAUAAAUUCUGAAACAAAGAAGGCCUUAACUUGGUUGGCUAAACUUUCCCCUCGCAAACUUUGUGAAAUGGAAACAAUUGGUUUGGUACAUCCUGUCUUGGACACUCGAGUGGUAUGUCAUGGAGAUGAUCAUGAGUUCCAUAAAAUAUUUCAAGCAUUUGGUCUUAUAAAGAGGGUAGAAAAGGGUACUAUUAGGUGGUACUACCCAAGAACUCUUGACAACUUGGUCUUUGAUUUAGCUGCCCUCAGAAUUUCUCUAUGUGAGCCGUUGGAUUCAUUGAGGUUGUAUUUGUCAAGUGCAACACUAAUUGUUGUUCCAUCAAAUUUAGUGGAUCACUGGAAAACCCAGAUUCAGAAGCAUGUCAGACCUGGACAAUUGCGUGUUUUUGUAUGGACUGAUCAUAAAAAGCCUCGUGCACAUAAUCUUGCAUGGGACUUUGAUGUUGUUAUAACUACCUUUAAUCGUUUAAGUGCUGAAUGGAGCCCUCGUAGCAGAAGUGUGUUGAUGCAAGUUCAUUGGCUCAGAGUUGUGUUAGAUGAAGGGCACACCCUUGGUUCAAGUCUUAACUUGACAAACAAAUUGCAAAUGGCUAUUUCAUUGACAGCUUCGAGUCGUUGGUUAUUAACAGGAACACCAACUCCCAAUACUCCAAACAGUCACCUGUCUCAUCUUCAGCCCAUGCUUAAAUUCCUUCAUGAGGAAGCCUAUGGGCAGAACCAGAAGUCAUGGGAAGCUGGUAUUCUUAGACCAUUUGAAGCAGAAAUGGAAGAGGGUAGGUCACGAUUGUUGCAGGUACUUCACAGGUGCAUGAUUAGUGCAAGAAAAAUAGAUUUGCAGACAAUUCCUCCUUGCGUAAAAAAAGUGACAUUUCUUGAUUUUACUGAAGAACAUGCAAGAAGUUACAACGAAUUGGUAGUUACAGUGCGCCGUAAUAUAUUAAUGGCUGACUGGAAUGAUCCUUCUCAUGUUGAAAGUUUACUAAACCCAAAGCAAUGGAAGUUCAGAAGUACUCUUAUUAGAAAUGUCAGGUUAUCUUGCUGUGUGGCUGGACAUAUAAAAGUAACAGAUGCUGGACAAGAUAUUCAGGAAACAAUGGAUAUUUUAGUUGAAGAUGGUCUGGAUCCUAAAUCGGAAGAGUAUGCAUUUAUAAAGUAUAACCUUCUAUAUGGCGGCAAUUGUAUGAGGUGCAAAGAAUGGUGCCGGUUACCUGUCAUUACACCAUGUAGGCAUCUAUUAUGCCUCGACUGUGUUGCUUUGGACAGUAAAAAAUGUACAUUUCCUGGCUGUGGUAAUUUGUAUGAGAUGCAGAGUCCUGAGAUAUUAACCCGUCCAGAAAAUCCCAACCCAAAGUGGCCUGUCCCUAAAGAUCUCAUAGAAUUACAGCCAUCAUAUAAACAGGAUGACUGGGAUCCUGAUUGGCAAUCAACAUCUAGCAGCAAGGUCUCUUAUCUUGUUCAAAGGUUGAAAGAAUUGCAAGAAGCUAAUAGAACAAUUGGAUACUCCAUAGAUGAGGGCAAUGAUGUCAAACAUAUUGAUGAGCUGCUUUUCUCCUCUCAGAAAAGUGAUUUCAACUCUUUUUUACUUCAGGAUGCUUGCUUCAAACCAAGCAAUGAAUCUUUCAGGACACCUUUAGAGAAAGUUCUGAUAUUUUCUCAGUUUCUCGAGCAUAUACAUGUCAUUGAACAGCAGUUAACGGUUGCUGGUAUCAACUUUGCUGGAAUGUAUAGUCCAAUGCAUUCUUCCAACAAGAUGAAGUCACUGGCAACCUUCCAGCACGAUGCAAGUUGUAUGGCCCUUCUGAUGGAUGGAAGUGCAGCAUUAGGUCUUGAUUUGAGCUUUGUAACACAUGUUUUUCUAAUGGAACCAAUCUGGGACAGGAGCAUGGAGGAACAAGUGAUUAGUCGCGCACACCGAAUGGGUGCCACUCGUCCCAUUUACGUGGAAACUUUGGCUAUGCGUGGUACUGUUGAAGAACAAAUGCUAAAAUUCUUACAGAAUGCUGAUGAGUGUAGAAGAUUUUUGAAGGAAGAGUUUGGAAAAACUGAUCGUGAAGGGGCACGAGCACACCGUACAUUACAUGAUUUUGCUGAGAGCAAUUAUUUGGCCCAGCUUAGUUUCGUGCGGACAAAUUCCAAGACAUGAGAUGGUUGAUUUUGUGAAGACAUGUUGAUACCUUUUUGUAUCAACUCAAUGCAUUUAAGUUAGAAUUCUCGAGCCCCACUUAGUUUGAUCCUGCUAAUGUUUUCUGUUUAUCUACACGGUUCUGCCAGUUGAAACUGAAAGCAGUUCUCCAUAGAUGACGGUGAUGGAUGAUUCUUUUUCUGGCUCAGCUGGUCUUGUAAUUUUGUGUUUGGGGCAGGCCGAGCUGGGAUUGCUGUUUGUUUUCGAAGGCAUCUUUUUCUAACCAUUUUGGCAGCAUAGUCGAGUCUGAACGUAUCAGUCGUCCAACCAUGUGACAAUGUUUCGCAGAUGAGCUUGUACAGUCAUAAAUAUUUAAUUCACUCAAAAACAGCUAUGUUUCCAUGCUAGGGAAUGUCAUCAUCUGUGGCUGUCAUUAUUCCCAACACAUUAUCCUGUAUAUCCAUUUUUUUUGUAAAAUGUGGGAAUCUGAUCAUUUUUUGGCAUCA